AUGCCUCUGUUCCCGUUUGUCCACAUCCUACCCAGCGCGACUCCAUCCAGCCUGCUUCAGGAGAGGCCAAUACUUUAUCUGGCAAUUCUUGUAGUCGCGAGUCAGAACAACGUUGAGAGGCAAUUGAAACUUGUGAAAGUUAUUCGAGAAGAGGUCAGUCGCAGAUUUAUGAUAUCCUCACAACAGGACUUGGGAGUGCUUGAGGGACUACUGGUUUACCUGGCUUGGAACCAUGUUCAUCUGGCACUUGGCACACCAUCUGUUCGAGUGAUACACAUGAUCAUGGCACUUGUAACUGAGCUCGGCCUGGACAAAGAGCCAAAUACAAUAUCAAAUACUAGUCCGGGAGGAGUCAGUGCCAUUGAGUUUGACGCCCUGAAAUUUGGGAAGUAUGCAGACAAUUGUUGCCGAAUUCUCGAAGAGACCAUGGAAUAUCCUACAGACAUCUAUCUAGUGCAAAUUGUUCGAAUACAGCGUAUAGCAGAUGAAAGCAGGACAACAUUGUACAACGAAGCUCUCGAAAGUGCAUCCGAGUUUUCAACGCUCUUGUCCAUGGGCAUGGCCUCAUUGGAGAGAGACCUGCGAGAGGUUGGAACAACUCUUCGCCUGGAUAUUCCUCAAGCAGGUGAGACUGAUGCCCCAUUACCAAAUACACUUUCCUCUAGACAGGACGGUGUCGUCAACGGAAAUUCGGAGAGUUGUUUAACACUCAGCAGUGUUGAUGGUAGUAUCCUACCAUACGGUACAGGUACAUCUUUAUAA